GGAGGGAGGGACGGACGGGAGGUUGCUGAGGAGCGCGGGAGCGAUGCCCAUCAUUCACCAGGAGCGCAGCGGAGGCGCGGAGAGCCGCCGGCACUGAGCAGCCUUCGCCUGGAACCCUCUCAGUCGCCCGCAGGGAUGCCAUCGGCCGGCUUGGAGAUUGUGGGCCUGGGACUGUGCGUCCUGGGCUGGCUCGGGGUGAUGCUGGCGUGCGGGCUGCCCAUGUGGAAAGUCACGGCUUUCAUCGAGAGCAAUAUCGUGGUGGCUCAGACCGUCUGGGAAGGGCUGUGGAUGAACUGCGUGGUGCAGAGCACCGGCCAGAUGCAGUGCAAGGUCUACAACUCGCUGCUCGCCCUGGAGCAGGAUCAACAGGCCGCCCGGGCGCUGACAGUCAUCGCCUCCAUCCUGGGCCUCAUCGGUUUACUGGUCACUAUCCUGGGCGCCCAGUGCACCAACUGCACCGAGGGGAUCACCACCAAAGCCCGGAUUGUCAUCAGCGGGGGGGCUAUCUUCAUCGUGGCCGGCCUUCUCGCCCUCAUUCCAGUCUGCUGGAUGGCCAACACCAUCGUCCGCGAUUUCUAUGACCCGGUCGUGCCGGUCUCCAAGAAACGGGAGAUGGGGGCCGCCCUCUAUGUUGGCUGGACGGCCAGCGCUCUCCUCUUCAUCGGGGGCUCGCUGCUCUGUUGCUCCUGCCCCCCGAAGCAAGACCAGUCAUCGUUCGCCGUCAAGUACACGGCCCCGAGGAGAGCAUCGGCGAACGGGGACUACGACAAGAGGAAUUAUGUGUGAAAACGCAGAUGACCUGGGGAGACCAGCAUCGGACAACCAGGGGAAACCUGAGCUCCCAACCCGAUUCCUUACUCCUGCUGAUUUCAAGCAGUCUUUUUUUUAUUUAAUGGAUUUGUAUUGUAAACGAGAGAGAGAAAAAACAAAAACUGGUAUUCUUUAUGCAUCUGCAGCUUUGGUUUAAUCUUUGGAGACGCGCACCUCCCAGAGACUUUGCAACAAGUUAGAUGUUAAAAACAAACGUCGGAGCAGUCGCUUGGACUUUGUACGGUUUGAUUUGCAAAUGGGGCUAUCUGUCAGCAAGUCUUGAGUGAAAAGUGCGAGCGAGCCUCUGCCCUCCCUAGGUUCCGGACCGCAUUCUGGGCCGGAGUGGGGGGCGGGGUGCAAGGUGCGGGGUUUAGGCUGGAUUCAUGCGCAUGUUUCGAUGUGGAAAGGGACAGAAUGCGUCUCCGUCACCGCCUUUAGCUAUCGGUCAUCACAGCUUCAACCCAAACCUGGCAUCAGAUCAUAGAUGUAGGUCUCCCAUUCCGCCCUCCUCUUCACACUUUAACCAGACUAAGUGUAGAGAUCUGUCUCUUAUUGCUAAACCUAGCUGUACUCAGUUCGUACUGUCCGCUGGUUGCUGAGUGCAGUUAGGCUUAUCAUUCAUUAAGAGACAAAUUUCGGCGCAGAGUGAGCUCGCCAUCUGGUUUAUGCGGCUGCUUGGUGUCAGAUUGUCCCAGUUAGAUUUCGCAAUCCAAUUUCUAGGCGAUCCAUUCCACCGACCCUUCUCUUUGCCGCCUCGGAGCAAGGAGCUGGCUGCUGUUUAUUUUCACAGAUUCACUUCCCUCCCCAUAUGUGAUUCCUUUUUUCAGAUACCCAUCUGUCGGCUGGGGUCAAUCCGGAGUGAGCAGCUCUCUCUGCAGAUGGCGAGCUCAAUAUUAACGAGAAAGAGAGAGAAUGGGCGAUGGAGACAAAACUUGAGAUGUAGCCAGUAGUGGUGCCUGAACAGUAUUAAUGUAGACAGUAUUAUUCAUUGAGCGACAUUAGCGCACUGUGGCACAUGCAGAAUAUGUUGAGGAUGUGACAAAUUCCCAAGGCAGUGAAUGUGGUGGAGACAGUCAUUAUUGCUGGCGGCGUUCAUACUGGGACUGUAGUCAUCAUUGAGUGAGAGAUGACAAAUAAGUGUUGAUGGUUGGAGCAAUUUUAAUGUCGCGAUUAAUAACCUUUUUUUUCGUAAUCAACCCGUUCAAGAGAUGUUAUUACACACCUCUGGAGCGGGGGAGGGGCGGGGCUUGAACCUGGGCCUUCUGAUCUAGGGCUUGGGACAUUGCCACCGCGCCACGUCGACACAUUUUUUUAAACCCCAGUUUUCUAAAGGUUUCGGCCACCCCGUUCCAAUAAUUUUCUGAUGAAGGGUCUAGGCCUGAAACGUCAGCCUUCCUGCUCCUCUGAUGCUGCUUGGCCUGCUGUGUUCAUCCAGCUCUACACCUUGUUAUCUCCGUUCCAAUAAUGAUCGCUUACACUGCCUCUGCGAGCUGGAGGCUGAGAAGGCGCUACCAUCGUCCUCAUUCUACUCGAUUAGGCUCCCUACAUCUACACGAGCCACCCUCCGGCAGCUUCGGUCUUUGACUCAACUUCAGACAAUGGCCAGCAGAAGUGGCCAAGUGAGUGGCUCGCCGGGGGCUUGUCACCAUGGUUAGCAGCGACGCCAAUUCUCACUAGGGAAGCCCCGGAACCGGCUCAGUCCAGCCCAAUCCAGCAAACCGGCUUCGCAUCCAAACCCCGAGCUCCAGCAGCACUUGAGUGAACCGCCACCGAGAUAUCCUGUCCCCCUGCAUCAACCCGGCUUUGGGUUCGUUCGGAGUUUCCCAUCUGAGACUCGGGGCUGCAUUUUAACGUCGGGUGCAAAGCGGGACAUGCAGAAUUGGCAGCCAAAUACAGCAGCGCCCAAAUUUUGUCCUCACGGCACUGAAUGAGAAAGAAAGUACGCAAGAGGAGCCAAUUCUUUUUCGAUCGUUGUACAGCGCCGCCCCAAAAUUAAAGACAGCCAUUUAAGGGGUUUAGCAUUAAUAAUGCAAUUUCUAUAUGACACAAGGCAUCCCUACCUGUCCCGGCAAACCGCUCCAAAUCCACUUUCCCAAGUGCGGUUGCAAUUUGCCUGCCGCCAAUCCUCGUACCCAAUUAAAUUAUUCCAAUAAAAGCUGAGAGAACUGUGGCUGCUGAAAAUCAGACACAAAAACAGAAAUUGCUGGAAAAGCUCAGCAGGUCUGGCAGCAUCUUUGGAGACAAAUCAGAAUUAACGUUUCAGGUCCAUUGACCCUUCUUCAGAACAUAUUUGAAUAAGUUAUUCAACUAAAGUCCUACAUUGCCCACCUAAACCAGACGCUAACAAAUACCCUCCACCAAGGCUCUUUUAUCAUAUCUGUCUUACAUUAUCCCUUACUCCCAACUGAGUUGCCCUUAUUUCAGUAGCAGGAUGGUCCAUUUAUGCGGGGCACGAGGAGCCAUUAAAUUAUUGCUGUCUCUCCACCGUUAGGCAUGUUUAUCCGAGUAAUGGAAUCUUCCUCAGGGAAACUGGAGGAGAAAAAGUCAACGAUAAAUUAAGUAAAUUUGCGCUGUCCUAACCCAUUAGAAUGCAUGAGGCGCCGCAGUCGUGUCCCUACUUCCGAGCCAGAAGAUGCGUCCUCAAGUCCCUCCUACUCCAGAGCUGUCUCAUCUCAUGGUUAAAUAAGUUGAUCCAACAUAAUUCUCCUAGCCGCUGAGAUUCUGCUGCAGAAUGUGUUUCUGGAUUGCGCUCCCAGGCUGGUCGUAAAUUCCAUCCCACAAACCAAAAUUCUGUUGCUACAGGUCGCCUGUACUGUGUGGGAGUGUUCACCAGACUGGAAAAAACCAAACCUGCCGGUGUGAACCUUUGCUUUAUUUUAUAUAUAGAUGGAAUAUUUGUGCUUCUACAUUUUUCAUCAUCUGUACAUGGGAAUGGGGACUUGAAAAAGAUAUUCACCCUCUACGUUUUCCUUCCUAAUUAAGUGACAGAAUUGAUCCUGGGCCAAUGAAUUCAUGUCACUUCGAAGGUAGGGUUCCAACAUUGAGCAGGACGUUGUCAUACUGAGUUGUAAACGUUUAAAAUGACCUGUAUGCACCUUGAAGUUGCCCGGUCAGAUGCAUCUCGGUGCUUCACUAAACCCAACGAUAACAACUUUACACUGCCUUAUAGCAACAUGGCUAAUAAUUAAUUGCAACCCUCUGCCUUCACCGUUUGCACUUUUGCUAAUGGACGCUGAUCGACUAAUGUACAGGUUCGAUGUUUUCUAUGCCACUGUGUACAAUCUCACAAUAUAUACAUUAAAACAAAUCAUUGCUA